AUGAUGAUAGAGAGUCUGGUGGUGACGAGGCGUUCUCCGAAGGCGAACGGGGGCGCGGGGGGAGGCUCCAUUAUCCCGAUGAGGACCCCCCCUGAAGCCGGCUGUAACUGCGUUAGAAAGCACUCAGCUAAACGUGUUAAAAGACAGGAGGCCACGGCGGGUUCAUGGAGAGGAGAAGAAGAAAGCCGAUCUGUGCUGCUCCCACUGGCCCGAGAGGAGCGCUUGUUUCCCGAUGUUCUCCCAGGCGGGUUCCAUCGGGGCGAGUACACGGUGGAGGUGGCCAUCAACGACUACCUGGACAUCUACUGCCCACACUAUGAGACCAGCAGUACCAGCAGUACUCUGGAGAAGUAUGUGCUCUUCAUGGUAAACUAUGACGGAUACACAACCUGUGACCAUCGACGCCGAGGCUUCAAGCGCUGGGAAUGUAACCGGCCCCUGAGCCCUGGGGGGCCCCUCAAGUUCAGCGAGAAGUUCCAGCUCUUCACACCGUUUAGUCUGGGCUUCGAGUUCAGGCCCGGCCACGAGUACUACUACAUCUCGUCUCCACAUCUGAACCAGGCGGGAAAACCCUGCCUCAAACUCAAGGUCUACGUAAAACCAACAAAUGACUCCAUUUACGAGUCAGCGGAGCCCUUUCUCACCGACGACACCACGGGGGCGGGGUCUGUGAUGGAGCCCCGCCUCUUCCUUCCGGCGGCCAUCUUGGUAUUACUCGUCCUCCUGUUCGACUCGUCGUAG